CUAAAAUUAGGUAGGUACAUGUAUAAGAAUAAAAAAGAAAUCAAGUUGAAAUGAAAUUCGCGUAAUCGAAGUGUUGGUUCUGUGUUCCGUGUUGUGGUUAGGAUACGUAUAGAUACCUACAAGACGUGUACCUAACAAUGUGCAUAAGUUGGCUGCUGUUUUUAAUCAUUUUCAUGAUGAUUAACCUGAUUAACCAGGUUAACAAAAAAAAAUUAUUAUGGGGUGGGUUUUCAUAUGAAACAGCCACCAUAAUAUUGCUAUGUUUUCCUGUGAUAACUUUUUUUCAAUCCGUUUUGACAAGAUGGGUCGAAUCAGAGAAUUUUUUCGAAGAGCUUCAAUUCAAAGACUUAACAAUGUUUAUUAUUGUAUGUGCUUGCAUUAGCGGAAUUAUUGGAAUUGAAUUGAGAAAGUUCUCUCUUGUGCGGCCUGCCUAUCUCGCUAUUUGGAUCAUGAUUGUCGCUUGCUUUGCUUAUUGCAUUCAAGCUAUCGUAUCUCGUUUUGAUUUCAAAAAAGGUGAAUUCAGUAGCCGUUUUGUCAGCAUACAAUUCCAGUAUGCUGUGAUUGUUGAAUUCGUAUCAAUUUACGCUUUUCUAAUAAUGUCGACUGUUAUCGUGGACCUGGUUCGGGAACAUCUGCCAUCCAUAUCGACACAAACAUCUACGAGUAAAUCGAUUAAGCCAUCGUCUGAAGUGCCGAUAGUUAAUGUUUGAGAAACAAUCUCGACAUUAUUUGGAUUUUCAAUGCUUUAAAUUAAGAAUCUCUGCUUAUAAAUGACUGUUUUAAAUGUUUAA